AUGCUGCAUUCCAUGAAAGAGGCAACGGAAAUUCCGGAUCCCAACGGGACGAAUGCAUCGACCGGGGGCGACGGACUCGCUAAGAACCUGGAGUUCUUGAUGCUGAAAGUCGCCCAACUGGAAACGGCCGUGGAGCUCCAGCAGGUCGAAAUCAGAAUGGGCCGGACCGAAAUCAAGCGCCUGAACAAGAAGUUGGACGAAUACAUCGGCACCCAGCCUGGAGGAGCCGCACCGCCCGGGGCGCCCUCGCUCCUGCAAACGCAGGCCGAGGAGAAAGUGAGACUCCAGCAAGCGCAGGCCAUUCUGAAGAAGGUCUUCCACAAGCACCAGCACCAAAGGGAGAAGCGGGAGUUCGUCACUCCCAUGACCGAGAAGCGACACCAGGAUUCGCAAAGUCAAGCAAAGGAGUCAAAGGAGCAACUGCUGCAGCGCCAGCAAAAGAAAGCCUCCUCGCAGAAGUCUGAAGGCCAGGCUGGAGGAACGGAGCUGGAUGCCGCGGUGAGCUCCAAAAUCAUUGGGACCGUCGUGGAUGCUGUUGUCGACGGUGCUGAAUCAUUUGGUGGUGCGAUCGCCGAGGGUUACGAACAGACUUCUGAUAAGGUUGCCUUCGUCGCCAACACCGUCAUUGACACUACGGAGAAAGCGAUGCAGAUUCUCACCCGUGGCUUCACAUUCGAUGCAGAUUGCGAUUUGCCACGACCAACCAGCACGAUCCUUUCUACCGGAUUCCGGAUCGGUUUCGGCGGGGCGUCGUGCAGCGUCACUCUGGUGGGCCAAAAACUUACGCUGUACGAUUUUGCUGCGCAGACCCUCGACCUUCCCUUUCCCGUCCCGUUUAUCAAAGAAUGCAAACUACCUCACCCAACCGCUGGCAUAUCGAGCAGCGGACUCGACCUAAGCUUCGGGAGUGCGCGUUGCGUGCUCGAUAUCUUUGGCAGGGAGCUGGUGCUUUUCAACGACGCAAUGCCCAGCUACAAUCUCCCUUGGCCCGAGCCGUUGGCAUCACUCCAGAGCACUGCCCUCAAUGCGGUCAAGGGCGCAUUCAAGCUGGGACAGGAGCUUGUGAGUUGUGCAUCAGGGGGUCCCAAUUAUGAUUCUGUGAAGUGUGUGGGCAACAAGAUCAUGGACAGGGUGCUGGGGUGCCCCGACACGAGCUCGAUCCAAAGCAUCAUGAUCUGCCUCGGCAGCAAGACGAUCGAGUACGUGCCACCCUUCAAGUUUCUGACCAUGCUAAACAUCGUCCUCGGCGAAUUCGUGGAGGGCUUCGCCAGGGUGGCCGGCACUGUGGUGAGGCAAGUCUUGAAGGGUAGCCACUCCUUGAUCCAAGAGGCCGCCAAGAGCUCCAAGUUCCCCGCCGUCGGUGCUCCUCCUGUGACGCACCAUGCCGAGCAGAACCUGAUGAUUCAGAUUCACACGGAGAAGCGUAACCUCACCGCGAGGGACAUGUCGCUGUUGCAAUCCGAGGGUGAUCCCAAAGCUGGCAUCGCUUUCGCUUUCGGAUCAGAGGGCGGGCAUGAACAGACAAAGCUGAUCAGCCAGUGGGGCGGAACCGAAAAGGACACAAGCAGUUGCCUGGCUUUUGCCCCGAAGCACAAGAGCGGGGCGGGCGGCCAGGCCACCACAGCGGACUGGCAGGUGAACAGCCAAGGCGAUUUCGUGUCGCUGGAGCCCUGGGCGGUGCCCUGUGAUCCCAGGUGGAUGAAGGACCACUGGGACAAAUGGCAGGGCUACUCCUUUUACACGGGCUCCCUGGCCGUCGAGAAGUGUUUGACAGUGAGCUUCUCCUUCAGUGUCCAGCCCUCCAUCUCCUUGGUGGGUGGCUUGACCUUCGAGGUGAUGCCCUCACCGCUUGCCACGGUGGAAACCACGGUCUGUUGGCCGAGAGGUCGGCCGGGGGGCUUGGACCUCAGCCUCCUCCGCACGAGCUUCAAGUCCAGUGGCGUCCUCCUCUACGAGAGGACCUUGCGCCUCACGAAGCGCUUCGGCAGCGGCACCACCUGGGACCCUCAGAACGUGAAGCCCAGCUCCUCCAGCUGGGAGACUAUCGCGAACCCGCGUGAAAAGAUCUCGAGGACCAAUCUCCUGCAGAGUAACCAGAGCUCAGACAUGGAGGAAGGCGUCUGGCAGUGGAUGAUGGAUCCGGAGGAGCUCUACCUGGCCUCCGCCAGCUACAGCUUGGAUUCGGGGCUGAAGAUCACCUCGGAGCUCAAGGGCCAGGCUGCCGCCCAGCGCCUCGCAGAGCUGAGGAAGGCCAGGCAGGCCAGGCGGGCCAGGGAGCAUCGGAAGGCCGAGGCCGAGGAGGCCGACGAGGCCGACGAGGAGAGCGAGAGCUCCUUGAUGUCCACCAAGACAGACACAGAGAUUAAGGAUGGGGAGGAAGAUGAGGCGGAGGCCCAAGCAGAUGUAGAUGUCUUUCAGCUCUUCAAAUUCGAGAAGCCGGGUGACAUCAACUUCAAUCUCGCGGGCGUGCUUGACGGCAACAUCUUCGAGCUGCGCACGCAGAUGGGUUUCGGGCCGUACAGGUCCGUUCCGAGGGAUGUCCACUUGGUGGACGUUGUGCAACAGUUCAAGGUGGUGUUGCAGGCUCUCCCCUUUGUGUCGCAGACCAGUGCGGACAAGGCCAUCGAGGUGCUGAACCACUUCUCUUCAAACAGCUUUCCGCCCCCCCUCCUCAUUCCCGGCACCACAGUGGGGCUCCACAGCAAAUUCUUCAACGAAUACAUCAAUGUCCACGCCAACGGCAACGUGCACGGCAGCGGUCACACCCCCUUCGGCAUGCUUCCUUCGCACGCGGUUCAGGAGCGCUGGACGGUGGUGGAUGCAGGAAACGGCCGCGUUGCAUUGUACAAUCAAAGGUGGAGCUCCUUUCUGUGUGUGGGCCCGGGCAACGUCCACACCUUCCCUGCUUCUGUCAGCCGGUGGCAGCCUACUUGGACCAACCAGAUUUUCGAGGUGGUGAACGUCGGCGAUGGUGAGAUUGCUCUGUUCAACCACGAUCACAAAGCUUUCGUGAAGAUGCUUCCGGGCCAUGGCAUGAGCUCCGUGCACUUCGGAGGACCUCCGGAAACCAUUCCCGAUGGAUGGAGGUACGAGCGCUUCCACGUCGACGUGCUGAAGCCUAUGCUGCAACCCGGCGCGAAGGUGGGUCUGUACAGUGCGGCAAACAAGCGCUGGCUCCGCAUGAACGGCUGGGACAUGGACAGGAGUGAGCCAUCAGAAACGUGGACGCCGGGGUGGGAUUGGGAGGAAUUCACCGUGGUGGAUGCCGGGAAAGGGGAGAUCGCGUUGCACAACACAAAGUGGAACGGUUUCGUGAAGAUGUGGAACGACCCACCCAGCCCACACUACCCACACCAUUCCAAGGUCUCAGUGACUCCCGGCAUCAAGGCCGAGGAUUUGCCGGAUCAUUUCGCCUGGGAGAGGUUCCAGGUGAUCCCUCUGGGACACAACGAAGUCGCCUUACACAACGCCGAGCACAAUCGCUUCCUGAGCAUGAACGUGUUGGCAGGAGACAUCUUCGGCAGCCCAGUGAGGAAUCCCAAGGACCUGCCGGAGGACUGGGCCUGGGAGCGAUGGCAGGUGGUGGAGGUCCAAAGCGCCAGCAGCCCCAUUCCGGGCUGGAGGCCUGGCAGCGUUCUUUUGUGCGGUUGCGCUGUCUCCCGGCUUUCUCAGCUGAUUCGAUUGCUUGGCGUGCAGAAAGAGCGCGAUGGUCUGCAGCUGACAUGGCCGCAGCGGGCGCAGGGUAGAAGCAAGUGUCAGUGUGCGGAUUGGGAGAGGUGUGAGUUGGGCAGCGCCGUUGGCUUGUGGGUCACACGGCAAGAUGUUCGAUUUGUUGCCGUUGAUUCGCUGGGAUGGCAUGCCCGGCCGGCCUACUCGCUGCUGGCUGUUGCGUUUUCGACGGCCGGGCUGGUUUGGGUCGGCCAGGCACCUGCCAGAGGUCUGGAGCCCAGGGUCAUCGCCAAGGGCAAGAAAAAGGCCGUCGAGCCCGAUAUUAAGAUCACGCCCCGGUCUGAGGACUGGUCAGCGUGGUAUCUCGACGUUAUCAGCGCCGCAGAUUUGAUUGACGAUGCUCCGGUGCGCGGAUGCAAAAUUUUCAAGCCCAACGGCUUCGCAGUGUGGGAGGGCAUCCAGCGCCUCCUGGAUCCAAAGAUCAAGGCGAUGGGUGUGCAGAAUGCCUACUUCCCGGUGCUCAUCCCCGUCAGCUUCCUGUCGAAGGAAGCGAGUCAUGUCGACGGCUUCGCCAAGGAGUGCGCCGUGGUGACUCACCACCGAUUGCGUAGCGUUUCAGAGGAGGCGAAGGCAGCAGGCGGCCCGCUGGUGGAGGUGGAUCCUGAGAGCAAGUUGACCGACCCCUACGUGGUACGGCCUACUUCAGAGACGGUCGUCUGGCACAUGUACAGCAAGUGGAUCAGCUCCUACCGGGAUCUGCCCCUGAAGUUGAACCAGUGGGCCAAUGUGAUGCGCUGGGAGAUGAAGACCCGCCCCUUCCUACGGACUUCCGAGUUCCUGUGGCAGGAGGGUCACACCGCCCACGCCACCUACGAAGAGGCCGAUGACCAGGCGAAAGAGGUGCUGGGCGUAUAUCUCCAGCUGGCAGAGGACGAACUCUGUCUACCAAUCGUUCCCGGGCGCAAGUCCAACAACGAGCGCUUCGCCGGGGCGGCGGAGACGUACACCAUCGAGGCCCUGACCCCGAACGGCAUGGCCAUCCAGGCUGGCACAUCGCAUUUCUUGGGCCAGAACUUCGCCAAGGCGUUUGACGUGACGUACUCCACCGAGGACCAGACUCAGGAGUACGUCUGGGCGUCCUCCUGGGGG